AUGGCCGAACUUGGAGCAAGGCUUGUAGUGAGCAUUGAUUUGAAGAAGGCGGCCUGGGAACAAAAACAGCCACUCCACAACAGAUGGCACCCCGACAUACCUCCCGUCGCAGAGGUCACAGUUGGGGAGCUUUUCAGGGUAGAGAUGGUGGAUUUUAGCGGGGGUAGAAUCACCAAGGAUUAUUCUGCACAUGACAUCAAAUAUGCUGAUCAAUCCAUAGUUCACUACCUCAGUGGUCCGAUAAGAGUUGUGGAUAAGGAGGGGACUCCAGCCAAGCCAGGUGAUCUUCUAGCAGUUGAAAUAUGCAACUUGGGUCCUCUGCCAGGAGAUGAAUGGGGUUUUACAGCAAUAUUUGAUAGAGAAAAUGGCGGCGGGUUUCUAACUGAUCACUUCCCCUGUGCAACCAAAGCCAUUUGGUAUUUUGAAGGAAUAUAUGCUUACUCUCCUCAUAUACCAGGGGUGCGGUUUCCAGGUUUAACUCACCCUGGAAUAAUUGGAACUGCGCCUUCAGCUGAGCUCCUUGACAUAUGGAAUAAGAGGGAAAGAGAGCUUGAAGAAACUGGGCAUCAGUCAAUGAAAUUAUGUGAGGUGCUGCAUACGCGACCACUGGCAAAUCUACCUUCAACAAAAGGAUGCCACCUUGGCAAGAUUCAAGGAAAAACUGCUGAAUGGGAAAGGAUAGCUAAUGAGGCAGCUAGGACAAUUCCUGGAAGAGAGAAUGGAGGAAACUGCGAUAUAAAAAAUCUUAGCAGGGGUUCUAAGAUAUACCUUCCAGUUUUUGUUGAAGGUGCUAAUUUUAGCACGGGAGACAUGCACUUCUCACAGGGUGAUGGUGAGGUCUCAUUCUGUGGGGCAAUCGAAAUGAGUGGGUUUUUAGAGCUCAGGUGUGAGAUCAUUAGGGGCGGAAUGAAAGAGUACCUGACUCCAAUGGGACCCACACCUCUUCAUGUAAACCCAAUAUUCGAAAUUGGCCCUGUUGAACCAAGAUUUUCAGAAUGGCUGGUGUUCGAGGGCAUCAGCGUCGAUGAGAGUGGAAGACAACAUUACCUUGAUGCUAGCAUCGCUUAUAAACGAGCAGUACUUAAUGCAAUUGACUACCUAUCUAGAUUUGGGUACACAAAAGAGCAGGUCUAUCUUUUACUCUCAUGCUGCCCUUGUGAAGGAAGGAUUUCAGGAAUAGUUGACGCCCCUAAUGCAGUUGCUACUCUUGCUAUCCCAACAGCUAUCUUUGACCAGGAUAUACGUCCAAAAGCAAGCAAACUGCCUGUUGGGCCCCGGCUUGUUAGGAACCCAAAUAUCCCACAAUGCACUUAUGAUGGAAAUUUGCCUACCACGAAAAAUCCCUGUGCAUCAAGUUAAGCAGGUGAUGCAUUGAAGAUUGUUUCAUAUGUCAGGUUGACUUGCAGAAAUGAAGUGUAUAGUGGGGGAAUAUCAUUUGUUGCAAAAGAGCCUUGCUUCUGAUUGGCUAUAAAACUAGAGACAUAAGAUAACAGUGCCCUGGAUAUCAUAAGAACAGCUUUACCCUGUAAUAUUUUCUAUUUGCCUGGUCUUAUUUUUAAAGACAAUUGGGAUGGACA